GUAAAUUUUUUGCGUACUGUAAAUGUUCUAUAUAUAUCUAUGUGAUAAUCCCCCAUUGGCUUAGUUGGCAGUAGUGUGCAAUGCACCCUGGCGACAGCAGGAGGCGAGACAGUAUUGCAAGAGGGGAUACCAGGGCUGCACCUAUGACUGGCGAGUCCACUGGGCAGAACCACCUCUCCUCUACCCUGCUGCUCUUAUCUCUCACUCACGUGCACACGAGCACAGCCGACGUCCACGCGCAGGGUUUCGGCUGCUGUUGCUAUGACGCAACGGCGCCUGCGCCGCAGGGAGCAGCGGGGAGUUGAAUGAGUCAAGUCCCCGGUCUGGAGGAGUUUGCCACCGUCAGGAGGGCGGCUGAGAGCAGGGAGGCCGACAGAGCAGGGAGGCCGACAGAGCAGAUCCGCAGCGGACGAUGGACGUCCACAACACGGGGCCGUGCGCUAGCCUCUGAGCUAGCCGUGUCAUGACCCGUGGCCGUGGAGUCUUUUCUCACACAUCUGCAGCCAGAGCACCACCACCACCUCUACUACCACACUAUACGCUCGCCUAGAGGGGCUGAUCCUUGCUGAUCUGGUCCUCUGAAGGGCUGAAGACUUUAACUCGGGUCGCCAUGGCUGAGAGGACCUCCAGCGGUCCGCUGAUGGAGCCGCCGCCGGCCGCCGCCGCCGUCGCCCUCCCGGCUGCCGCGGUGACACUCCCGGCCGAGGUCCGGGAGCGGCUGGCCGAGCUGGAGUUGGAGCUCUCUGAAGGGGACAUAACUCAGAAAGGCUAUGAGAAGAAGAGGGGGAAGCUGCUGGCGCCGUACAUCCCACAGAUACAAGGUGUAGACCCUUCCCUGCAGCGGGACCACCGGAUCCAGGUCUCUGCGCAGGCCCCCCUCCCUGGAAACAAAAACCCCAAGUCCCGGGCCACCAAUGCCAGGGAUGAGCGCUUCAGGUCAGACCUGCACACAGAAGCCGUCCAAGCGGCCUUGGCCAAGUACAAAGAGAGGAAGAUGCCCAUGCCCUCCAAGAGACGCUCGGUGCUAGUUCAGUCCUCCGUCGAGGCAUGCACCCCCCCAGACACAUCGUCGGCUUCGGAGGACGAGGGGUCGCUACGGCGACAGGGCCGCCUGACCACGGCCACCGCCCCGUUCCCGGGCCUCGCCCACCCCGGGGCGGAGCACUGGUUCAACCGCGUCAUCCAGGGCUCCUCCUCCACCACCUCAUCCUCCGCCUCCUCCACCUCAUCCCACCCCGGGGGACGGGGGGCCAACAGCAACACCACCGGCAACACCUCCACCAUCCCCGCCAACAACACCGCCCUCACCGCCAACAACACCACCAACAACACCGCCGUCACCUCCAACAACACCUCCGUCACCGCCAACCACAGCAGUGGCGGCGGGCACGUGCUCAACGCCAACGCCCUGGCCGACCUCAUGGCCCACACCCAGCUAGAUAACCACUGGGUCCCCCCCGACGUGACAGGGCUGUCGGAGCGCUCCCAGGGGGGCUCCAUGAGGGCCGCUCCCCAGGGACAUCACCACCACGCUGGUGUCAUGGAAACGGCAGAUGGGGUCCCGGUCAACAGCCGCGUCUCCUCUAAGAUCCAGCAGCUCCUCAACACCCUGAAGCGGCCCAAGCGACCCCCCCUCAGGGAGUUCUUCCUGGACGACUUCGAAGAGCUUCUGGAUGUCCAACUGCCUGACCCUCACCAGCCCAAGCCCGAGGGCCAGCAGAUGGGGCCCCUGGAGGGUGAGCCUCUGGAGGGGGGGGGGGGGCACCGGCCUCCCUCCCUGCUGGCAGCCCUCCAGCGCUGGGGGACCACCCAGCCCAAGAGCCCCUGUCUGACCGCACUGGACAACUCGGGCAAGGCCGUCUACACACUCACCUACGGUAAACUGUGGAGCCGCAGUCAGAAGCUGGCCUACAGCCUGCUGAACAAGCUGAGCAGCAGGAAUGAGCCGCUGCUGCUGCCUGGGGACAGAGUGGCGCUGGUGUUCCCGAACAGCGACCCGGUGAUGUUCAUGGUGGCGUUCUACGGCUGUCUGCUGGCCCAGCUUGUGCCUGUGCCCAUCGAGGUGCCUCUCACUCGGAAGGACGCGGGCAGCCAGCAGGUGGGCUUCCUGCUGGGAAGCUGUGGUGUGACGCUGGCGCUGACCACGGACGCCUGCCAGAAGGGCCUGCCCAAAUCCCAGACCGGGGAGGUGGCUGCCUUCAAAGGUUGGCCCCGGUUGCUGUGGUUUGUGACAGACAGCAAGCACGUUGUGAAGCCCCCCAAGGACUGGUACCCCCCCAUCCAGGAGGCCAGCAACUACAUUGCCUACAUUGAGUACAAGACCAGCAAGGAGGGCAGCACCAUGGGCAUCACCGUGACCCACGCGGCCAUGCUGGCCCACUGCCAAAGCCUGACCCAGGCCUGCGGCUACGCUGAAGCGGAGACCAUCACCAACGUGCUGGACUUCAAGAGGGAGGCGGGGCUGUGGCACGGGGUCCUCACGAGUGUUAUGAACCGAAUGCACGUGAUCAGCAUCCCCUACUCCUUGAUGAAGGUCAAUCCACUCUCCUGGAUCCAGAAGGUGCACACCUACAAGGCCCGGGUGGCGGUGGUGAAGUCCCGGGACAUGCACUGGUCCCUGCUGGCCCAGAGGGACCAGAGGGACCUCAGCCUGAGCUCCCUGCGCAUGCUGAUCGUAGCGGACGGAGCCAACCCCUGGUCGAUCUCCUCCUGCGAUGCCUUCCUCAACGUGUUCCAGGCUCGCGGUCUGCGUCCUGAGGUCAUCUGUCCGUGUGCCAGCUCUUCAGAAGCCAUGACCGUCGCCAUCCGCAGACCCCCAGAGUCGGGGGUGCCCCCCCCGGGGAAGGCGGUGCUCUCCAUGGGUGGGCUGAGCCACAGCGUGAUCCGCGUCGACACAGAGGAGAAGCUGUCGGUGCUGACCGUCCAGGACGUGGGUCAGGUGAUGCCCGCAGCCCUGGUGUGUGUGGUGCGGGUUGAGGGCACGCCGUACCUGUGCCAUACGGACGAGGUGGGGGAGAUCUGCGUGAGCUCGGCCAGCACCGGCACUGCCUACUACGGCCUGCCGGGCAGGACCAAGAACGUCUUUGAGACCAUCCCAGUAAAGCUAUCUGGGAUCCCAGUGAGCGACCGGCCAUUCACACGCACAUCGCUACUGGGCUUCGUGGGUCCGGACAGCCUGGUGUUCGUGGUGGGGAAGAUGGAUGGCCUCAUGGUGGUCAGCGGGCGGAGACACAAUGCAGAUGACGUGGUUGCCACGGCGCUGGCCGUGGAGCCCAUGAAGUUUGUCUACAGGGGGAGGAUAGCGGUGUUUUCCGUGGCCGUGCUCCACGAUGAGAGGAUCGUGGUGGUGGCGGAGCAGCGGCCUGACGCCUCCGAGGAGGACAGCUUCCAGUGGAUGAGCCGCGUGCUGCAGGCCAUCGACAGCAUCCACCAGGUGGGGGUGUACUGUCUGGCGCUGGUCCCCGCCAACACGCUGCCCAAGGCCCCACUGGGGGGCAUCCACAUCUCGGAGACCAAGCAGCGCUUCCUGGAGGGCUGCCUGCACCCCUGCAACGUGCUCAUGUGCCCCCACACCUGCGUCACUAACCUGCCCAAGCCCCGGCAGAAACAAGCCGAGGUCGGUCCAGCUUCCAUGAUAGUGGGAAACCUGGUUGCUGGGAAGAGGAUCGCCCAGGCCUGCGGGAGAGACCUGUCCCAGCUGGAGGACAAUGACCAGGCACGUAAGUUCCUGUACAUGCAGGACGUGCUCCAGUGGAGAGCUCAGGCCACCCCUGACCACCCUCUCUUCCUGGUGCUCAACGCCAAGGGCGCGGUGGUCAGCUCCGCCUCGUGUCUACAGCUCCACAAGAGAGCCGAGAGGGUUGCCGUGGCACUCGCGGAGAAAGGUCGCCUGAACGCCGGUGAUCAUGUUGCUCUGGUGUACCCGCCAGGGAUCGACCUGAUCGCCACCUUCUACGGCUGCCUGUAUGCUGGCUGCGUCCCGGUCACCGUGAGACCCCCCCACCCCCAGAACCUGGCAACCACCCUGCCCACCGUCAAAAUGAUCGUAGAGGUCAGUAAGUCAGUGUGUAUCCUGACUACUCAAGCAAUAAUGAAGCUGCUCAAAUCCAAAGAGGCUGCUGCCGCCGUAGACGUUAAAAGCUGGCCUAUGGUCCUGGACACAGACGACCUUCCCAGGAAGAGGACCCCCCAGCUCUACAAGCCCCCCACCCCGGAGAUGCUGGCCUACCUGGACUUCAGCGUCUCCACCACGGGCAUCCUAGCAGGAGUCAAGAUGUCCCAUGCUGCCACCAGUGCCUUGUGUCGCUCCAUCAAGCUCCAGUGUGAGCUCUACCCCUCCAGGCAGAUCGCCAUCUGUCUGGACCCCUACUGUGGCCUGGGCUUUGCUCUCUGGUGCCUCUGCAGUGUGUAUUCAGGCCACCAGUCCAUCCUGGUGCCCCCUCUGGAGCUGGAGACCAACGCGUCUCUGUGGCUGUCUGCCGUCAGCCAGUACAAGGUCCGCGUGACCUUCUGCUCCUACUCCGUCAUGGAGAUGUGCACCAAGGGGCUGGGCUCGCAGACCGAGGCCCUGAGGCUGAGGAACGUCAACCUAUCCUGCGUGCGGACAUGCAUGGUGGUGGCGGAGGAGAGGCCGCGCAUCUCCCUCACCCAGACCUUCUCUAAGAUCUUCAAGGACUUGGGGCUCUCCACCAGAGCCGUCAGCACCACCUUUGGGUGCCGUGUCAACGUGGCCGUCUGCCUGCAGCCCAACCGGCUGGGGAAACUAGCUGAGCAGGGCACGGCAGGACCGGACCCCACCACGGUCUACGUGGACAUGAGGGCCCUCCGGCACGACAGGGUCCGUCUGGUAGAGAGGGGGUCACCUCACAGCCUUCCACUGAUGGAGUCUGGGAAGAUCCUGCCUGGCGUUAAGGUGAUCGUGGCCAACACAGAGACCAAGGGGCCCCUCGGGGACUCCCACCUUGGAGAGAUUUGGGUGAGCAGCCCCCACAAUGCAACGGGGUACUACACCGUGUACGGAGAGGAGGCGCUGCACACGGACCACUUCAACACCAGACUCUGCUUUGGAGACACAGUCACCAACUGGGCCAGGACGGGCUACCUGGGCUUCCUGCGUCGCACAGAGCUGACCGAUGCCAGCGGAGAGCGCCACGAUGCCCUCUAUGUGGUGGGCUCCCUGGACGAGACGCUGGAGCUGAGGGGGAUGCGGUACCACCCCAUCGACAUCGAGACCUCCGUUAUCAGGGCCCACAAGAGCAUCGCUGAGUGCGCGGUGUUCACCUGGACCAAUCUGCUGGUGGUGGUGGUGGAGCUGGAGGGCUCUGAGCAGGAGGCCUUGGACCUGGUGGCCCUGGUCACCAACGUGGUGCUGGAGGAGCACUACCUGAUUGUGGGCGUGGUGGUGGUUGUGGACCCCGGCGUCAUCCCCAUCAACUCACGUGGGGAGAAGCAGCGCAUGCACCUCAGGGACGGCUUCCUGGCCGACCAGCUGGACCCCAUCUAUGUGGCCUACAACAUGUGAGGCGUUGGGGCAGUGUGGCGCCACCGGUAGAGGCCUAUGCCCUUCAGGAAGUCAAGCGUUGCAGGAGGACGAGGUUAGGAGGGCUGCGGGGGGUCAUCAGACGGGGGAGGGAAAGGUCAGAAGGCUGAACAUCACAGGCCCAAACUCCUCUAAAGGACUGGGAGCAGCUUUUGGUUGGGGUUCAGCUGGGAUGUGUUUGUGCUGCAGAACUCCCAUGGUCAGGGGAAGCAUUGAGUAGCUCUCAGAGCCGUUCACACCACACCAUGUCUGCUCUGUGGUUUAGAACGGCUGUGUUCUGCCAUCAGUUUUGUCGUCGGGCCCCUUGAACCUAAAUCUGUUUGACUCUCAUCUGUGUUUUCUAUUUGGUUCCCAAUUUUAUGAAAAACUCGUUCUGCCUGGAGUCAGUGAUAAUUCAUGUGGAAGAAUGGGUGUUUUCUUAAAGAAAGAUUUUAUUACAGACUAUCAAGCGAAAGGCUACACGCUAAUUGAAACGCUACGAUAUUUGGCCGAUUUUUAGCCAAACCUUAUUUCCCAAUAAGGUUUGGCUAAAUUGUCCUCAUGUGUUUAUUUAAUGUCGAUCAUCAUGUUUGUCAAUCAUCAAUCCUGUUUCUUAACGUUAAAGGAUCUGGGUUUCUCAUGAUAGAUGAGUUGAUAUAUCUCGUGAAUUUCAGAUUGUUCUCGUAACACAACACACUUUUUUGAAAAUGAAAACCCUCUGCUGCGGAUGAGUUUUCAUCGAUUUUGCUUUAUAUUCUUUCCUAUAGUCCCAUGAUUUGAUCAAAUAAAAUGCAAUACAACCAAUAUGGAAGUUGCAAGAUCACAGCAAUGCAUUCAAUACCAUAAUCCAUUAUAUAAGGAUGUUUAUAGAAGAUAUAUAUUUAUACAUAGGGAUCAUUGUGUACAACACUUUUUAUUUCUUCUUGUCGUUAACCUCGUCCCACUUGGUUUGUCACAGAUAUGUUGUGUGGAUGUCUCAACUCUCCGCCGUCAUCAGUCAUUCUGGAUGUUGCCAACAAAGUUUGAUUUUGUUCUGUUCUUGAUUUGCAUGUGCUGUAUGAGUCCGAUUUGUGAUAGGCUGUACCAGACCCCCCCCGCCUCCCCCUUCAUAAUAUCUAAUGAAUAUGAAAUAUGUAAGAUAACUUUUAUUUUUUAUUUUAAAUCCACUUUGAAGACAGGCUUCAGGCCUGCUGUAAGUAUGUACAGGAUUUGUGUAAGUUAUUAAGAGACUAUCGACGGACACUCCUGGUAGGUUCAUAACAAAGACUGGAUCUAGUGAACUGCCCGCUCACCUGAACUGCAGACAUGGUUGGAGUGUUUUUCUACUGAAUGACCUUCAGGCUGUGUCCUAUGGCUUCAGUCAAAUAAAGAAGAUUCCAUGCAGACUCUGGGAUGCUUCUGCUCCGAGAGGACUUACUCCUCAUUGGACCAUGAGAAGAUGCAAUUGUCUGGCGUGUGGUUGGUUGUCAUUAUUUUUCAUACCAUAAUUUCUUAUUAAAAGAAAACUUUACUUAUACAAGUUGAAUGUUUUGUGUUUCAUUUGUGUUUACUGACUUGAUGUUAGGAUCCUGAGCCUCAAGAUGUUAGCUAAUUCCUCUUUUUGAAACAUAUUUAUAUUCGUAUUUUCUAGUAUUUCUACUCCAAUGUACUAUCGAAGAAAGAAUGCUCAAAUACACAAUGUGAUGAGAAUCCUUUGUUUAUUUCCCUUUAUUAUUCAUAGUAACAUUUAUAGAAAGACGAUUGGUAUGUUUCACAUAUCGAGGAAGUUUUAAAAGGUAAUGCCUCCAUUUCAAUGUGUAUAUAGAGCAAUUCAUUUAUCCUCAAAGGAUUUAAUAAAAUCAAAAAAUGCAUCAAACAUAACAAUUUUUACAUUAACAAUAAAAUAAUAGAAGUGUACAUGGAAACAAAAACUGCAAAACAGUACAUUAUUUCAGUGGUCAUUAAGGAAUCAUUAAGCUUGUUGACAGGUUUGUUCAAUAAUAAAGAGUGAAAAGUGUGUUCACAAGACCAUAACACUCAUACAACGAUGCAUAGAAUUAUAAAAUUAUCCUAAUUAAAUGAUACCUAUAUAUAAAAAAGAUCUCAAAUGUAAAAAAGAUAUCUGAUCCCACUCUCAGGAUUUAUUUCCACAUUUUGUUUAUGGAAAUAAAACAAAAUAUGUUUUUUAAUCACAAAACAGAAUUUAAUCACAAAUUCUUAAUGAACAUAAGCCUCUAUCAUGCACAGAAGCUCUGAAGCCAUAUCCACAGCUGGCCGCUCGUCCGUUUCCUUGAACUGUUCGUGAGGAAUGAUAGGGGAAGCAUUGUCAGGGUAUUGAGUUUUCUUUGCAUCCACUCCAAGCAACUUUACACUGUCAACUAUUUGAGUCAGCUCCCUUAAUCGAGGAUCGAAGCAAGCAACUCGUGCCGCCAUAAUGGAGAUGGUGCAGUUAGCAGAACGUUUCCCAUUUUUUUUGUACUCUGCAGCGAUGAGAGCCUUUUCCAUGAUUUGGUGAACCUUGAACAAACACCAUUCUGUGCUCCCACUGCCAAUGUCAUUCUCAGCUGCCGCCAAAUCACAGCGUGCCUGCUGCAGCCAACGCUGGGCCUCUGCUCGGUUUGGCCUUGGGACGUUUUCUUGAUGAGUCCAGAAGUUGUAACUAUAAGAGCGAUACUGUUGAUAAAAUCGCUCCCGGCCAUUCCUGUGCCGCCUGGCCUCCUGAUUCCAAUUUCCAUAGAAAUCCCUGAAGUUUCCGUUCCAUUUAGGCUUUGAGGAAUCUGCAGUUUUACCGUUUGUCAGUUCAUCAAUUCUGUUCAUCAGGUAUUUAAAUGCCUCAGUGGAAAUCUCAAUGCACUCUGGGUUUUUGUCGGGGUGCCAUCUGAGGUACAGUCUUUUUAUGGCUGCAUGUUUCUCCUCCUUGGAAAGGGUCCAGAUUUCUUCCAAACAUUUGUCAAUUUCCCUUUUGGCUUCAUCAAAAGAUGCUGGCAACGUCCUGCCAGGUGUGGAUGUUUCCUCAGAGAACUCCCCUUUUCCAUUCCACUCUGAUCCUUCAUGUAGCUCCAGUACCAUGCAGGAUGCUCCUGAUUUAAUGCUCAUCUUUUUCAAUUUGGGCUUCUUUUCUCGUAUGAACUGAUAGAGCUCAAGCGAACUCACUUCGAUGAACUCUUUGUUGUUGGUUUGGAUUUCAUACCUGCGUGACAGUUGUGCGCCCGUGGCUCCAGGCAUUUGCUUGACAAUAACUGCAUAAAUGUAGAUGUCAUUGCUCAAAUAGCCAACAUGUUCGCCUUCUUCAAAAUUAUUGAGCAUGUUCAUAUCAAGGCAGUCGAGCCAUUCAUCUGGGAUAACACUCCCAGGUUCUGCUGGGUAGAGAGCAGAGUGGUCCGCUUCUGCGCUGUCAUGAAUUCCGUGCUUUUCCAGCUUUUGCUGGACCUCCUGCAGGCUGUCACACAUCAAAAGAACCCCAAGGACAGGUAGAUGAUUGGAGGCAAGUUUGUUCCCUAAUAGAGCGUUUAUCUCUUUUGUCAUUGUCAAGUUUAUUUCAUUCAUCACUUUUGGAGCCAUGUCAUCGUUGUGUUUCAAAUAAAAGGUGCAUCCUUGUUGUCCUUUUUUGACGUAGACUUCAGCCUCCGCCACUGUAUCGUUCAGUGGCUGUUGAUCCAAACACAGCUCGGUUUCAAGGCUCCUGCAGCAGAUGAUUUGAAUACGGCCAAAAGUCUGCUCACACAUGUCGCCAGCAUCUUCUUGUGUGAUUUCGCCUUUUGACUGUUCUCUCAGGAGACAGAUAAGUCCAUGUCGGAAGGCUAUAGAUGACAGAUGUUUCUCAAACCAUCCACUGAAUUCACAGCUUUUCCCGUACUGACAAAUGUGCAUGUUUGAUUUUCCCAAACGCUCCUCGGUACACUGAGAGAGCAUUUUGGGCUGAAGAUUUUCUGGCAACAUUUGUACCAGUUGACGAUGCUCAUACAUAUCGUCCCCCAAAUGGCAUAUCCUAAGGCUCGCAAGUAGCGGCAACUUAUUUUUCAAUGCUUUCUCCAACCUUGCCUGAAAUACUGUGUCAUUAAAGUAGAGUUUAUUUGAGGGGUAUAGUUUCCCUUCUUUUGACGGGAGGUACAACGUCUCCGAAAAUGUAAGGGGGGAUCCUUUUUCCUGUCUCUUAAGUAGGAGGAAUAUCUGCUCAACAGCUCGCCUGAUGGUGUUCUUUUGAUUUGAGUUUAGUGUUUGUUUUUCACAGGAAUCGUUGAAAACCGCUGUGAGAGUUUGACAAUACUGCUCUACUGUUGGUACCUCAGUCACACCAAUUCUCUUAAAGAACUCUGCAUACAUUGCAUCCUUUGGCUGGAUUUGUACAAGUAGGGCCUGAAGUCCAAGUCGUUGGCAGUCCAAGAGAGUCUCUUCAGCUUUUACAAGUUGUGUGUCAUUUCAACUAACACAACAGGCAGGCCAGUAAAUCUAUUAACUGGAAAUGUGGUGUUUUGUAAGUAGGCAUAUGAAUGCCUGAAAACAACAGCCCUGAUUUUCUUGAGAUCAUCAGACUGACAAGGUACCUGGCAGACGUUCGCCAUGUUUGUAGUGACAGACAGCAUGGGUGGUUCUUCAAAGGCUCCAGCCAUUUCUAUAAUUUCUUUGUCAUUUGGGUUGCAAUGUGGCAUAGCUAUGAUUGGCAUAGAAGUCCAAAUCAAAUGCUGAUGAUUAUUUCCAAUCAAUGACCCCCUGAGAGCUACAGUUCUCUCAACUGCAGCUGGACGUUGAAAGGUGCAUAGAUCUUUUCUUAUUUGCACUGGUAAAAGGAAUUUGAUGUCAGCCAAGGACUUCAUAAGUUCUUUGUCAUUUCCUGCCUUUUUCAUUGCAACACUCAGAAGUUUUGAUGAUUUUAGUUCUAAGACUGCCAGUUCACAGUUCCCUUUAGACUCAGAUUCGAUUUGGUAUGCAAAAGCAAUGAUUUCAUUGUUUGAUACAAAAUGCCUCAUUCCCAGUUCCUUAACCAAUUCUCUUGCUUGCAUUUCCAUGGAUGAUGUGUCACAAAUUGCCUUCCAAAAUCUCUGAGGCACAAAUUUCCCUUGAGGCAACAUUAUGGUGUACAACCUCACAUGGUCAUCAAAGUAGAAUGAUGCCAUCUCUGAAUUUCCUUGGAUACUGCGGAUCAGCUUCACUUCCUUCAUUGAGGAGAUGAUGUUUGCUUCAUGUUUAGGAUACUCCGAAUCGAUUUGCAGUAACAACAACAUUUUGAUGGAGCGAAGAAUCUGUUCCUCUGUGAGUGCAUGAAUGACAGGCAGGAUGAACUUAACAAAAUACUGAAGAUGAGAAAGGAUUGGGAUCUGGAAUUGUUCAGAGAGUUGCUCAUUUACUAAACUUUGUUUGAGAAAAGUGCUGCUGCUCUCUUUCAGAUUGAACAAGUCUGGAAAGCUUGUCAUGCCAUUGACAAUGAAUACCUUUCCAGGUCCAUCAAUCCUGACUCGCUUUCCGUCUAGUGUUUCAAAGAUUGGCAAAGAUUUGACUUUUCUCUGAUACUGACUCUUGUCCUUUGAUUUCAAUAGUCCAAACUGUAGAAACCCCUGUAGCUCAUUUAGCUCGUAAUUAGAAAGGUUGCAAAACUCGGAAGGAUUUAGUUUGAAAACCAAGUCCAACACAGCACUUUGAUCCCUUGUAUUCAAUGAUUCAGUGUCUAGCUGUGUUGGUAGUUUUGAUCCAAGCCUUAAGAAGAGUGCAGUGUCAAGCAUCAUGCAUCCGAGUUUAAACAGGAUGCUUGGUAUGCCCUCAUUCGAGCUAAAUUGAAUCACACUUGGCAUGCUCAUCAUUGUUUGCAAGAAGGGUUUGUUAUUUGACCUUGGGCACACAACUGGCACCAUUUGACAGCCAUCAAAAAGCUCCCGAACUGUACUAAAUGUCAUACAUUGGGAUAUUUCACUUGUGAAAAACUGCCAAGCACUUAUCAACCACUUCUGUAUUACUGCGUUUGGUACAUGGAGACCAAAAAGUGGAUCAACCUCACAGUCUUUGAGGAGACGGGGAAGUAUAGCUUUCAGAUACUUCUCUGCAUGAGGAAUUGUUAACUUUUUAACAUAUUUGGGUUGUAGAACUUCAAUGUGCUUUUCAAUGGUCCGAUAAUCAACAAAAUCCUUUUCAUAUCCGCAAAACAAAGAAUGAUGUCUGGUGAUUAGUUUAGGAUCGCUGGAAUCAAACACCCUCAAAACUUGGUCAUUUGUUAGAAGAAGAGGGAGUCCACUAAUUAAACAAGGUUUGUUCUUAACAUUCAAGCCCUUGUCUUUCAAGCAGAAACUCAACAGUUUGGCGUAUGUUUCUCCAUCUUGAAUUAGUGUUUGUUCGAUUGGCAAUGGUAAACCCUUCAUGGUUUUGGUAGGAUCAUUGAGUGGCUUUUCUCGAAGAAAAUCGUUCACAGUUGAAGGGCUUACAGACCUAACUUUCACCCCAGCAGCUUUUAAACUUUCCCAAAUGUUUGCCAUAUCGCUAGAAAAAGGAACCAAUUUCAUUCCAAACCUCUCUAACAUGGGGUUGAUGGAUUCUGUGGCUUCCUCUAGGGACAAAUGAGGUGCAUCAGUUUGUUCUGCCUCUUUGACAUUACACCACUCUAAAGAGUACUCCCUAAAUGACCUAUAUGAGGUGAUUCUUACUGUGCUCUUCGACACUGGAAUGACAUCAAGAGCCUUGUUGCAAAUUGUUCUGUAAACUUCAUGUAUCAUUUCUUGCCAGUCCGGAGCAAUAUCUUGUGAAACAAAUGGGAAAAAACGAAGAUAAUUGUGGAGACGAUGACUGUCUCGACUUGUGGAACACAUGUUCCUAUCUGGAAGGGUUCGGCAGAUGUUAUGAAGCAGGUCUGCGUACAGGGGAGCUAUGACAUCGAUUUUCAAUACUCCAUUCCAAUCUACUUUCAAACUUUUGCCAUCCUCUUUCCAUAGGUCCCUCCUGGAUGAGUCUACCUCAAAGUUCCCAUUCACAUGGACUGGAAGGCCAGUUUGAACAGGUAGAGGAAGGGUACAAAAGGUUCCACCUUUGAAAUUCUCCUCUUUGUAAGGCUUGUAGUCCACACAUGCAGCAACUGAUGCUUGAGGCAGCUUGUCGAACCGUCUACCAGUGUCACCUCUAAGUGAUCCAAACUGAUCUGCAAUUACCCAUUCACUUUUGCUGUUGGAGGACGUUGAAAUCCGUAUUCUGUAAAUUGCCUGGUAUGGUGUAACAGAACCGUCCGAUUUCAAGGCAUUUUGUAGUUUCAUUUGAAAAUGAGUUUUUUCCUUGCAGCUUUCGUCUUGUAUGCUUUUUUCAACCUUGAAGACAUUUUCUAGUUUUCCAGAGUCUUCAAUUUUAUGGAGUUGUAUUUUCUGAAUAUUUUUUGAGAAGAGAAUCAAACCCUCUGGGUCAUCAAGAAGGGCCGAGAACAAAUCUUCAAUGUCGUGGGCAGUGAUACCCUGGGCUGAGAUUUUAGAGUUGUUUGCCAUUUUACCAAUUCGCAGCGGUAAUCUGAACAUCGUUCCUUCUUCAAGAGUAAAUUCCUUGGGCAGAAAUGACUUGUAGACAUCAAGGUAUGUCUCUUUAAAAACUGAAUCAAGCUUGUACCCACAGCCAGCAGUUUUCCCUGAUGUUUGUUCAAUGUAUGUUUGAUUUGGAUCAGAAAUGCAGAGUAUUUUAUCUCCAGUUAAGAUAGAAGGGCAAUCCGUUAUGUUAUACACAGAGUUGAAUCCAAUUCCAUAUUUUCCUGUUUUGCCUGAGUGUUGUGUUUGCCACCUUCUCCCAGCUGCUGGAUGCCUUUCAGAUCUGCAUCAGAGAACACCUUGUUGUUGUAGACACACAAUGCAGGGCCCUGCAGAUGGUUCCACUUCUUUCCAAAGGUUUUUUCUGUUCCGUGCUGUCUUUUGUCCCAGACCAGGUGGAUUUCUGUGGCUUCUGCAUCAUCAGCAUUUUGAAUUAGCUCUUUCAGGAUAUCUUUCUUGGAUGGAUAGGCCUCAAUAAUGUUUUUUAUUCUCACUGUCAGUUCCUCUCGCUGCUCAAACUCAAAGUCAAAUGGUGACAUGUUUGCAACUAAGGAAUUUUCCAGAGUUUGAUGUUUGGUUGUCUUGAUUCCAAAAUGGCGUGCCAUUACUCGACUAAAGUCCUCAUGGCACAGUGUCACCCCUAAAUUUAGCGGCAUCCAGGGACUGUCAUUGAAGGAUAACUCUGCUGCAGGUUGCAGAACCCCAUGCUCAUUGGGGAUGAGACAGUCUUUUAUUUCUUCUUUCUUCUCAUACAAACCCCUCAAUACUGUGAGGCAGAUAUUGAGAUCGGGCUUGGAAAGGGGCUUCUGUCCAUGUGAGGCAUGUAAUCCCUCGAUAACAGUGAGAUACUGACCUCUUGUGAAUUUCUUUUGAACGCCAACACUCUCCCAGAGGCUCUUGAAACCAGCAAAGACCAAUGGAAGUACAUGAAGGUAUGGCUUUGCCUCAAAGUCCUCAUUUUCUGCCACACAUUGUGCAUGUACAAACUUGCAGCCAACAAGAAUGAACGGAAAUGAAUGUGCCCUUUCUGAAAUUAGUGGGGUAUCUCCAUGCUGCUUGAGCCACUGAUCGAGAAAUGUAUAGCAUUUACUGACUAUCUCGUGAAGCCUUGUUUCGUUGGAGCUCUGGUUUUUGAAACUAGUGCUUUCCAGCUGUUGUAGCACUGUCUCAAGUGGUGGACUUUGACGAACUCUCAAAAUGUUUAAGACAGGAUCAACUUUGUAUGUUUCCAAGUUGGUGUGAUCAAGCACAUGCUCUGUCAUGUUCACAAGGUGGUGGUAUUUUUCAUGAAAAACAUCAAUGGGCUUCUGAAGUGUGACCCUUCCCGACUCUGGAGAAAAGGCUGGAAGAAAUGCAGUAUUCCUGAUUGAUUCCCAGUAGAGCGAGUCCUUGUCAGGCAGAUGACCCCUCAACUGUUCCAUAAUACAUUUCAAUUGUACACAUGCUUUAUUUUUGUCUUUUUUCCAAACAUAAUUGAUGCUACCAACUUUUUGUGCAAUCUCUUCCAAUGGGAUAUAGUCACUCAACAUUCCAAGUUCCAACAAGCGUUGCACUCUUCUAGGGGCACUAAAGUCAAUUUUGGUUCCGUCAAGCAAGCGUCCUUCUGUCUGUCGAAAAAGACAGGCGACUUUUCCAGUAGGAUAAACAACUUUCUUG